UUUGUUUGGGAGUCAACAUCUGUAAAUGCAAUUUCUUUGCAUAGCCGGUCUACAGUAAAAUUCUUUUUGCCAUUUUUUGUAUAAAACAUACUUUGUUUUACUAAAAAGGUAAAAAUUAUACUUAAAGCUUAUAAAAUGGACACAGAAAUACUGGAAGCAGUCAAUAGUUUUCUGAAGGUGGAACCAAUCGAGGAAGCGUUCCUCAGUGUUAUUGUAUAUAAACCAAAUGGCGAAGAGGAUAAAUCCGCCUCAUUUACCGACAUUAUAUUGAGCAAAUUUAAAGAAGUACCGCAGGAUAACAAAGAAGGCUUGGUCCGGCAGUAUUUGCAACGCGCUGCAAACGCAACAAAUAUAUCGCACCUGCGUGUGCUUAUGAAUACAUUAGGAAAAUUGGCAGAGACUAAUGUUAUAACUGCAAGAAUGCUUUGUGAUAAGAUUUUCCUCUGCGAUCGUUUAGUUUACGAAAAUGCAAGUUUUUGGAUCGAAAGCUUCAAAAUUAUUAAACGCGUCUUACCUCUGGUGGACUACAAAGGCGUGCGCGAAAUCAUGAAAAUGUGCCGUGACAAAGCGCAGACAUUUCCUGUGAAUAUAAACGUUAGCUUCUUGCCACAGCUACACGCAUUGAAGGAUACGCUAAAUUACAUAUUUGAUCGUAAUAAUUGCUUGCUGCCAGGAUAUUUUAUUGCCAAUGAAAUCAUGAAGCCACCACCAUAUCACUGGACUAUUAACAAAAUGAUGACCGAUUUCAUGGAGGAAUUCCGUAGAACCGCGCAAAUGGUUUCAAUAAUUGGUCACUCACAUAUGUUGCCCAUUGUGGAGAGUUUUGGUUAUGCAGAUCAUAUGAUGAAUUCGUGGAAAUUAGAUCCGAAUACAUUGCGUUUCGUUUUUAAGGGCAGUCUACCUUAUGAUUCCGAUUUGCUCGAAGAGCAAACUAAACUUUUACGUUAUGUCCUGGAUCAACCAUAUUCCAAGGAAAUGGUAUCGGUGAUGAUGAGUUUACAGAAACAACAAAAGCAACGUUGCUAUAAGCUCGAAGAUCAAUUAGUUAAUUUAAUUAUAUCAGCAAUGGAAAUGACUGAAAACAAUGACUCUAUGAUGGGUAGUAGUUUUAGUGUUUAUGAAGAGCAGAACUCCAUGAAUGAAUGGGUAUGGUUGCAUCUCUCAUCGCAACUGAUAUAUUUUGUGCUCUUUCAGUUUGUUAGUUUUGCACAUAUAGUGUCGGCUUUAUAUGAAAAGCUAUCUAAAAAAGAAUUGCGUAAGGGUCGCGAUCAGCUUAUGUGGAUCCUCUUGCAAUUUAUAUCAGGCAGCAUACAAAAAAAUCCAAUUGCCAAUUUUCUGCCAACCUUCAAGCUGUUCGACUUGCUUUAUCCCGAGCAGGAGCCUCUGAAGUUACCAGACUGCACUAAAUCUUCGUUAUUGCGUCAGAUGGCGCCCAUAUGCAUUUGGAUACACCUGAUGAAGAAAGCUAGAUUGGAGAAUAUGAGUAUAAAUAGACCAUUACCGAUUGCUCUGAAAAAUCAUCAUGAUUUCCUGCAGCAUCUUGUUAUGCCCAAUACACUGAUGUCUAUGAGUUUGGGCGAUGAUUUUCGUAUCAUACUGAUAUGUAAUGCAUAUUCUACAAAUCAAGAAUAUUUCUCACGUCCCAUGAAUAUACUAACCGAGACGUUAAAUGGCAAUGCCAAAACUGCAGCUGGUGGUCAAGUACCACCCGCGCCAUUUUCUAUGGUUGUCUUGGAUAGUUUAACGGUGCACAGCAAGAUGUCGCUCAUACACAGCUUUUUUACGCAAAUGAUAAAGCAAGCGCAAGCCAAAAGCUCCAUACCAACACCGGCUUUGGUUGAAACUUAUGCGCGUCUUUUGGUUUAUACAGAAAUUGAAUCGUUAGGCAUCAAAGGCUUCUUGCAGCAAUUGCUGCCCGCUGUCUUCAAGCACCAGGCGUGGGGUAUACUGCAUACGCUGCUGGAAAUGUUUCUUUAUCGCCUACAUCACAUACCUACGCAAUAUCGUCUGCAAUUGCUCUCGCACUGCACCGUCGUUUCGCCGCAAACCAAUAAAAUGCAACUGAAUUUGUGCUUUGAAUCCACCGCUUUGCGUCUCAUCACUGGUUUGGGCUCUGUUGAAAUGCAGCCACAAAUGUCACGCUACUUCAGCGAGAAGCCACCCGGCUCGGUUGCCUCCAGCGAAAGUGAGGAGCUGAAUCGUGUGCUCAUAUUAACGCUGGCGCGUUCAAUGCACAUGACUGGACUUGGCGAUGAAUUACAGCCCUGGUGCAAGGAGCUGCUUAACGUUAUUAUGCAGAAUACGCCACACUCUUGGGCUUCGCACUCGCUUGCUUGCUUUCCGCCUGCUUUGAAUGAAUUCUUCGUGCAAAAUAAUCAUCCGCUGGAGAAUAAACAAUUGCUGAAGAAAUCAGUUGAAGAGGAGUAUCGUAACUGGACUUCAAUGUCGAAUGAUAAUGAUAUUAUGAAUCAUUUUAUACGCCCGAGCACGAAUCCACUUUUCCUCUGUCUGCUUUUUAAAAUGAUUUGGGAAACGGAGAACGUCAGUCCGGUCGCAUACAAAAUAUUGGAAGGCAUUAGCGCACGCGCAUUAUCAGCGCAUUUACGCAAGCUAUGCGAUUACUUAGUCGGUGAGGUGGCGAAUAGUAAUGGCAAGGAUUUCAUACAUAAAUGUGUCGAUACUAUAAAUAACAUGAUUUGGAAGUAUAAUAUUGUUACCAUUGAUCGUGUGGUACUCUGUUUGGCUUUGCGCACACAGGAGGGCAAUGAGGCGCAGGUCUGCUUCCUCAUAAUACAAUUGUUGUUAUUGAAAACAUCGGAGUUGCGUAAUCGCAUACAAGAAUUUUGCAAAAAGAAUCAUCCCGAUCACUGGAAACAGAAUAACUGGCAUGAAAAGCACUUACAAUUCCAUCAGACAUAUCCCGAAAAAUUUGCACCCGACGAAUCAGCUUCACAUCCACCAUUGCCGGUCUACUUCUCGAACGUAUGUCUGAGAUUUUUACCAGUAUUGGAUAUAGUUGUGCAUCGCUUUAUUGAAUUGCCCAUACAACAUGUGCAUCAAAUAUGUGAGGUUAUAUUGGAUCAUCUAAGUAUUCUCUACAAAUUCCAUGAUCGCCCCAUUACUUAUUUGUAUAACACUUUACAUUUUUACGAAAGGAUUUUGCGUGAACGUCCGUCGCUCAAAAAGAAAUUGGUGAGUGCUAUUACUGGCGCCUUUUGCGACAUACGCCCUCCGAAUUGGUGUGUUAGCGAGUCAUACAAAAUGUUUUUACAAAAUCAGGAGUUACUUUGGAAUCCUGAGCUCAAUUACUACAUUAAUCUAGUGCGUCGCCUAUCGGAUACAAUAACGGGCAAAAAUGUCUUCUUCAACACCGACUGGCGUUUCAAUGAAUUCCCCAAUGCACCAGCCCAUGCGCUGUAUGUAACGUGUGUGGAGUUGCUCAGCUUGCCGAUUGCACCGUCGAUUGUCGCCAACAAUGUGGUGGAUGUCAUUGUGAAGGGCUACUCAUUGAUACCGCAAAAGGAGAUACACAACUAUAUCAAUGCUGUCGGCAGUAUAUUGGCAGCGCUGCCUGAAACGCAUUGGUCCGUUAUCUACGAUCGCUUGCAGGAUGCGCUGAACUCACCCAAAAUGAUCAAAUGGAAUUACCGCUUUUCGGCAUUCGAAUUAUUCAAUUUUAAGACUGUCUGCGAAUCUAUGAUCGAGAAGAGCUACGUAUUAAUAUUGGCUGUGGCGCAUGCCACUUUCCACCAUAUGGGCGGCUUUAAGUUGGCGGCAAUGACCAAAUACAUAGCCGAGAAGCUGAAGCCUUGCGUACGCACCGAGCAACAGCUCGUCUUUCUGUUUCAUGUGUUCGGACCAUUUUUGCAGCGCAUCGAUUUGGAAAAACCCAACACGGUGGCCGGCAUUGCGAUCAUGAUAUACGAAAUGCUCGAUGUGGUGGACAAGGCGCAGGGACCGCUCGAGUACUUAGAUACGAUUUGUGAUUUUCUCUAUCACAUCAAGUAUAUACAUGUCGGCAAUGUCAUCAAAAACGAAUCGGAGGUGAUUAUAAAGCGACUGCGGCCUGCCUUGCAGCUGCGCCUGCGCUUCAUAACGCGCUUGAAUAUUGAGGAUAUCAACACCGAGAAGAAUCUCCAAAAGGCGCUUACGCCACAACAACAACAACAACAGCAACAUCAAGCGCCAUUACAACAACAGCUUGCUGCCGCCGCACAACAGCAAGCACAGCAGCAACAACAACAGCAACAGCAACAAAAGCCGAAUAUGACCAGCGCACAGACUCAACAACAACAAAUGCAAACGAAUGUCAAUGCGCAGCAGCAACAGCAGCAGAAUGUGCAACAACAACAGCAGCAGCAACCAAAUGUGCCAAUGGUUGGUGGGGUCGGCAAUGUGCCGGGCAAUCAUUUGCAAAUGGCAAAUUAUAAUUUAAUGGCACAACAACAACAGCAGCAACAACAACAGCAGCAGCAGCAACAGCAACAUCAACAGCAGCAGCAACAGCAACAUCAACAGCAGCAACAACAACAACAUAUGUCCACAAACAUGAGCCAACAUCAGCCACAACAAAUGCAAUAUUUUAUGCAAAAUAUGCCGCCGCGUUACUAAAUAUCAUCCCUGACAUAUUACUUAGCAGCAAAUAAGUAAUAACAGUAUAUUUACAUACAUACAUAUAUGGUAUAUGUCCAUGUCUGGCGUCAUCACUCACUAUAUGUUUUUAAUUUAAAGUAUCAUUGUGUGUUUAUGCUAUAUAUUUAAAUAUAAUAUCAUAUAAUUUAUAAUAUAUUAAGAUAUAUAAUAUUACGAAGUGCUACAGCAUUUGUAAACUUAGUCUAUAGCAUAUUAAAUAUCGGUGGAAUCAAAAUGCAACCUUUUAAAAAUUAA